CAGUGCCUGGCUGCACUUGCUUCGUCACAACGCUCAUUUACAGUCACUCCUUCCUGAUAUUCUGCCGAGCAGGUGCAGCUUCUCUACCCUUUACAACUUCUCGACACUCUCUUGAGACUUUGGUGCGCCCUUCGCCAAGAUGGCCUCCUUGCUCUUCGUCUUCCUCGUUUCUCUGCUGGCAGUCGCUACGGCCAUCCCAUCGAGUCUCCACGAGCGCUCAUUCCGGCCAAAGUUCGACGUUCAGAAGAACGCAAUUCAGAAACGCUCCUUCAAGGCUCCAGUGCCUGGCCGCGCCCACCAAGGCGCCCUCAACGAAAUUCUUCGCGUUCACAACAAGUACGAGUGGACCAUCGUCGUCGCGGAGAGCGAACCUCUCUACCCCAUCAGCGUAACCACGAGUCAUCCUGUCGCCACAGCAAGCACUAUACCGACUUUCAAGACUUUGACGACGCUCUCUCCGGUCCCAAGUAACUCCCCUCCCACUUACGGUCCCUACCCGAACUCCACCAGUAGUGCAUCACCCACGCCAACCAAGGGAAGUGAGGAUGGGGAAGUUUCUGCAAUCCCGGAAGAGAAUGAAAUCCAGUACCUCGCCUCUGUUUCGAUCGGCGGCCAAAAAGUAUGGCUCAAUUUUGACACUGGGAGUUCGGACCUGUGGGUGUUCUCAAGCAAGCUCUCGCCAAACGCCAUUGGCAACCACUCAUUCUAUGACCCAUCGAAGAGCGACACAUUCACCCCUUAUGAGAACGCCAGCUGGAGAAUUUCAUACGGCGACGGCAGCUCUGCAAGUGGCAUCGUUGGCUAUGAUGUAGUCGACGUCGGUGGGUCAACAGUCCAAAAACAAGCUGUUGAGCUAGCGACAUACAUCUCAGCCAGCUUCGCUACGGACCCCAACAGUGAUGGACUGCUCGGCUUAGGUUUCAGCAACAUCAACACGGUACAACCUGAGCGCCAGAAGACCUUCUUUGAAAACGUUAUGCCCGACCUCUCGGAGCCACUUUUCACUGCCGACCUCGAGGACAACAUGGGUGCUGGCGAGUACGAGUUCGGUAAAAUCGACAGGGCCAAGUACAAAGGCGACAUCCACUACGUUGACAUCGACAGUUCCGAGGGCUGGUGGCAAUUCCCGAUUCCAAGCAUCAGCAUCGGUGAUGAGUACACAUUCACGUGCGACCAAGACUGCCCCAAAACCAUAGCUGAUACAGGUUCGAGUCUAAUAUACCUGGACAGCGAGGUUGUGACAGCUUACUACAAGCAAGUUGACGGGGCUUCCAUCUGGCAGAUGAAUACCUAUAUCUACCCUUGCGACACAGCGCUGCCUGACCUCAGCUUGCAGAUUGGAGACUACAACAUGACCAUCAAGGGUGAGGAUAUCACCUACCUUCAGUUUGAUGGAAAUGAGGGCCCGGCUGGUCACUGCCUCGGCGGCCUCCAGGGUAAGAGUAGCCCGCAGAUUUUGGGUGAUGUGUUUCUGAAGCAGGUCUUUGCUGUGUUUGAUGGUGGAAAUCAGCGCUUCGGAAUUGCUGAGAAGAACUAACCCGACUUGACUCCGUCUGCAGACUGGAGAUGAGGCCCACCAGGAUGCAGACGAUCGAAAUUGAGCUGGAGAUACAGCUCUGAGAUGCUGAGCGGUGAGCCUUUGCAAAGCCACAUCUAUAGAAUUACGACAGUACGCAUGGCUCAGCAGCUUGAGUCGUCAUCAAUGAAUGAAUGCCCUUUUCUGACACGGCAGGCA